CUAUUGUCGUCACAUCAUCUCGCGUUUGGUGCACAGGCAAAGGUGUCUCCUUUCUCUCCCUGCCAGGCUAACCACCGGCUUGUCGCCUUUUUUCCACAUCGGCUGCGCUCCUCCCUCUCUCGUCCGAUCGCUCUUGCUUCUUUCGAUUCCGAGGAAAAUGUUGGGGAUCGCGAGACGGAAGGUCGGACUGGGACUGUUCCGUGCUCCUAUUCUACAGGAGGGGUUGAAUAGGGUAUUGCCUGCAGGAUCAGUUUUGCCCAAGAAGUACUCGACAAGUGCAAAAGAGAUUACAGUGCGUGAAGCACUUAACUCUGCGCUUGAUGAGGAGAUGUCAGCAGAUCCCAAAGUUUUCUUGAUGGGUGAAGAGGUUGGAGAAUACCAAGGUGCCUAUAAGAUAUCAAAGGGUCUUCUAGAAAAGUAUGGUCCUGAAAGAGUUCUCGAUACUCCCAUCACUGAGGCUGGAUUUGCGGGGAUUGGUGUUGGUGCAGCUUAUUAUGGUCUCCGGCCUAUUGUGGAGUUUAUGACAUUUAACUUCUCUAUGCAGGCAAUUGAUCAUAUAAUUAAUUCUGCUGCAAAAUCGAACUACAUGUCAGCUGGUCAGAUAUCUGUCCCUAUUGUAUUUAGAGGACCAAAUGGUGCUGCAGCUGGAGUUGGUGCACAACAUUCACAGUGUUUUGCAGCAUGGUAUGCUCAUGUUCCUGGCUUGAAAGUUUUAACUCCAUAUUCGUCUGAAGAUGCUCGAGGUUUGCUAAAGGCUGCUAUUAGGGAUCCUGAUCCAGUUGUUUUUCUGGAAAAUGAACUUUUAUACGGAGAGUCUUUCCCUGUUUCAGCUGAAGCACUUGAUUCUAGUUUCUGUCUUCCCAUAGGGAAGGCUAAGAUUGAACGAGAAGGAAAGGAUGUAACAAUCACAGCAUUCUCAAAGAUGGUUGGAUAUGCUCUGCAGGCUGCUGAUGUACUUUCCACGGAAGGAAUAAGUGCCGAGGUUAUAAAUCUGCGUUCAAUUAGGCCACUAGACAGAGCCACCAUCAAUGCCUCUGUCAGGAAAACUAACAGACUCAUUACCCUCGAAGAAGGUUUCCCUCAACAUGGUGUAGGAGCUGAAAUAUGCAUGUCAGUGGUGGAAGAAAGCUUCGAGUAUCUUGAUGCACCAGUUGAAAGGAUUGCUGGAGCCGAUGUCCCGAUGCCUUACGCUGCCAAUCUUGAGAGAAUGGCUGUUCCUCAGGUAGAUGACAUUGUCCGUGCUGCGAAGCGGGCAUGCUAUCGAGCAGUGCCUCUAGCUGCUGCAGCUUAGUCAGACACUUCAUACCAACAUUGUCUUUGCGGUUAUUGGAGAGAUUUCCCGUGAAGACUGAUCUUAGCCUGAAAUUCGUGUUGCAGGCUUAUUCUUUUGCAUUUAUCUAUGUGACUGCAGAUGCUGCUGGUCGUAAAUCUUCGAAAACUCAUCCAUGUAGAUUGUUGAGACUCUUCAAUAAUGUAUAAUGCCAGAAUCCUCAAAAAGUGUUUAUUAAUCUGGCUCACAAGUUUCCUUGAGAAAGUUUUCCUUUUAGCCUGGAUCUUUGUAUUGACUAAUGAUACUGAAUUAAAGAGUUUGUGUUUAGGUUUUCUUGAA